GUGAGGGCGUUGUUUCUUCAGUCUCCCUUUCAGUCCAAAGACGACAGCGUGUCCAUCAUGGAUGGAACUGACGAAGGGAUUUCUGCCUGGAUCACUGUGAACUUCCUCACCGGUGGUCUCCAUGGAGCUGACUCGCCCACAGUGGGGAUGUUGGACUUGGGCGGGGGUUCGACUCAGAUCACCUUCAGUCCUCAGGACGAGAAAACCAUCCAGACCUCACCUAUCGACGACAUCAGAUCCUUCCAGAUGUUCAACAACACACACACCGUCUACACUCACAGUUACCUGGGUCUGGGUCUGAUGUCAGCUCGACUCGCCGUCUUAGGGGGCGUCGACGGUUCGCCCCUAGGGGGCAACACUGAGCUGGUCAGCCCCUGCCUUGCUUCAGAGUACUCUGGCAGUUGGGAGCAUGCUGACGUCGUCUACACUGUGAAGGGACAGAAGGCAGGGGAACCGGUUUACGAGGCGUGUCUCACCAAAGUGGAGAAGGUUCUGUACAGGAAGGUGACGAAGCCGUCUGAAGUUGCUGACGUGGAUUUCUACGCCUUCUCCUACUACUACGACCGAGCCGUCGACCUCGGAGUCAUCGAGGAGAAGAAGGGCGGAACCAUCAAAGUGUCCGACUACACGGAUGCAGCAAAAACAGUGUGCAGCGGGGAGUCCGUCCCUCAGCAGAGUCCGUUCCUCUGUCUGGACCUCGUCUACAUCUCCGUCCUGCUGCAGGAGCUCGGCUUUCCUCCACACAAACACUUCAAGCUGGCCAGGACCAUCGACCAGGUGGAGACCAGUUGGGCUCUCGGAGCGACGUUCCACUACAUCGAGUCCCUGAAGAGACACUGAAGGCUUUUAUUUUGAAAGGAUUCUGAAUGUUGAAGAUCUGACGCUGGUCACGAUCCUCUGACCUCUGACCUCCGUGAAGCCUGACCGCUGUCAGGCUUCACUCCUGCUCCAUGUGACCGCUCUGACUGUCCAAUCACACGCUGCUUCCUGUUCAGGUGGAUCCAGCUUCGUCUCUGACCUCGUGGAAACGCUCCGACGCGUGAUCGCUCCAGUUUCACUUCAUGACUCUGGAUUUUAACGCUUUAGUUUCUUGUGACGAUUUUGAAUGUUUUUGUGCCAAAAGUAAAAAUUUUUAAGUAACUUCAGAAACUGUGACUCCGAAGAUUCUGAAGCUUUGUCUUUUAAAGCUCUGGUGGGUGAACUGAACUUUUCUAUCAUGAAGUCUCGUCCUUCACAACUUUAACUUCUGACGUUUACAUAAAGUUUAUUUAAUCAAC